GUGAUCAUCAUCCGUGUAAGUCCAUUGGAGAUUGAGGACUAGCCAGCUGAAGAAGAUAACACCUAUGGAUACAGAUCUCUGCUCCAGCUCUUACUACCUACCUCAGCCCUUGCCGAAGCUAUGGCAAGUCUCCGAGUGCGGCUUGGCCGGUAGUAGCGCCAUAGCUCCCGUGCUUCCCCACGGUUGGCAGGAAGUCAACGAUGAGCGGUCAGCACUGCAGCAGCAAUCCGUUAGCCAGCCCCAUUCAAACACUGGUUAUUGACUGCGUUUGGUCCCGCCGACCUGAGUGUUUGUGGCAACCCGCAAAGCAGCAUGAUGCCAGUAUGCUCGCCGUAUCUGGCAAAAUCUGUAGUACAGUGUACGGAGUAAACACCGCCGCUUCACGGGAGGAAUUCUCGAAGGCUUCUUCCACUCUUCUCCACUGAUUCGAUCACCCCCGGACAAACCGGGGUGACUGCGAUAUUUCUUUUUUCCAUACGGCUCUUCCCACCCGCCACCCGCAGACGUUCACCACCUACGUGCAGCAUUGCGACCCAAGGAGACCUGUACUCGCAUAGCAUGGGGCUGGUCUUUCCAAUGACACCGAGACGCGGAAAUGGAUGGCUCUGCGAGUCUCGGUGGAGUCCGCAUACCCGAGCCUCCCCGACUUGUUUGCCAACUUCAUCUCCAGUCCAGAUACCGAUUACCAACCGAUGGCCGAGGCUGGUGGCAUGUUGCUGCCAAACGAAAUCCUCAAAGAUGGCGCAACGCGGUCGAUAGCCCAAACUAGCUGCAUCGGUCAAUCUAUCGGGAGCAUACGGUUGCGUUCUCAUCCUUCGCCGCCCUGCGAGGCGCCGCCAACGCAGCAACGGCAGCUAAACCGUUUUGGAUGCAGGAAGCCGGCGUCAAAUGUACAUCUCCCGCCCAUGUCUCACCAAAGUUCGAAUAGAGACAUACGGAUGGAGGAUGCCACAUUGUUUCACAGCAAAGUUGCUGCGCAAAAAGCAGGCUUCCUCUUGAUCGAGCUACGUGUCGAUGUCUUGAAAGACAUUUUCCUUGGCCAAGUUUGCCACAUCAUCUAUCGGGCGGUAGUCCGGCAUACGGUUGUCUUCGUGGGACCUCAUUUGAGUCCACGUGGAUCGUCUCCUUGCUACUACAUAGAUGUCAUCGCCCGCCAGGAUGGCCGCAUGAAAGCAAGGCCUCGUCAGUGAUCGCCCUCGCAUGGCUAGGGAGCACGGGAGCAAGAAAGGGGUCUCUCUCUGAGUCUCGAAUCGUUCGAGGCCGGUACCUGCACGUCAAAAGUUUGAAUACGACAUGGUCAUCUAGCGCAUUGGAUCUGGCGACUCGGAUCAACAGUAUCGUUCAAGGGAGAGAUUAAGCUUGGGCCAAUGGUAAACACAAAAGGCCAUGGAUAUCUCGAACUAUUGGUCGUCAAGAUGCACGAAGAAGGCGUCGAACAGUCGGGCCACGAAAGGAUCCGAAUCCCGACGUAGCAAGCUCAUCGAGGUCUACAUACACAUUCUUAGGCACACAUCAGGCGGACGAAAAGGAGCGUCGAUGGCGAUUCCGGUAGCGUGAUGAUACACAUUACACCGGCCCUGCGAGUAGGGAAGACG